AUAUUUUAGCUAUGGCAAGCGUAUUUUUACUAUCUUUUUUUGUAAACAGUAUCGCUCAGUACCAUUAUAAACCUCAAAAACCAUGUGAGACUUUAACCGAUGUUUAUAAUACAGCAACAUAUCUUUGGUCUAAAGGAAAUUACAUUGAAUCAUACCGAUUAUUUUUUGAAUUGGAGCAUGGACACCAGUUUAAAGUGAGUAUGUGUGCUUGGUAUCAAGUGCAAUGCCUUAUUCGCCUGGAUCACUGGAGACAGGCCAUCGCCAAGUGUCACGAGUUAAUGGAACAACAACCUACAACAUCUCAGUGGUAUUUAAUUGCCAGUGAAAUCUAUUUGAAACAGUCAGAUUUUACAAUGGCACGGGAAGAGUUAUUGAAGGCAUCGCUUCAUGUUCCUGUUACGGAUGACGCGUAUCCUGAUAUUUGUCUCUUGAAAAGGAUCACCUUUGAAGGCGUACAGCAACAUGCACAACGUAUAAUCCGAUGUGAUUUUUUGAAUGUCAUACCGUAUGAUAUUGCUUGUGACGUAUUUAAAUGUUUGGACUUGAAUUCGCUAGUAAGAUGCACAAGAGUGUCUAAAAAAUGGAGACAUUUCUUAAUUUCCAGUUUCCAUCUUUGGAAUGAGCUAUAUUUCUCAAAAAGAGCAGCCCAACUUGAAAUCAAAACAAUUCAUACCUAUCUAAGUAGACUUAAAAGAACAGGUCUUACAAAAUUGUCUAUAAGACAUCAGCAGUUAGAUGGUGAUGGCAUACUCAUGGCUUUGACACAACAUGAGUGCUACCGGUUAAAAAGCUUAAUCCUAUCUGAUAUUAUUUGUACACCUGCAUUAUUUUUUAAUGUAUUGGAGUACAUCGGAUCGACACUUUGCACAUUACAAUGGGGCGGCGUAUCCAUUCGACUUAAUGACAUUAUUGAUAGUCUACCCAAGAUAUGUGUUCAAUUAAAAAAGCUAGUGGUACAUGAUUGUUUCACCUCUUUACAUGAUGUACAAUUGCAUAAUGCCGCAUUACAUCGCUUAGAAUAUUUUGGAGAAUCAUUCCCCGCAUCUUUUAUUGAAUCCAUCAAAUCAUUACCAACCUUAAUCUGCCUAGAAACAUUGGAAUUAUCUGGAAUUCAUGGGUUUACAGCCAGCCACCUUACAAACAUUUUGAUACGAUGCCCAACACUUGUUCGACUCGUGCUAAAUAAAUGCCUUGUAAAUAUUAUCCCUAUAUUUAAUAUACUUGCCAUCGCCUGUCCAAAUUUACAAUACUUUGAAUAUGAUCGAAAUCGAUAUUGUCAGCAGUUUGAUAUCUUUCACCAUCAGCAAAGAAGAUUAGGGAUCGCCAUCUCAAGUCAGCAGCCUAAACGUUUAGAGCAGCAUUUGAUUAAAAAGAAAUGGAUCGGGUUGAAAAUAAGACUAACGAACAUGUUGACGGAUAUAAUUGUACAGCAUAUAUUGUAUGAUGACACAACCAGGGGUUCAUUGCAAGUAUUGGAUCUGAGUGGUAAUUUGCUUAUAACUGAUCAUGGGUUAUUAUUGGAGAAUUAUCCAAUGAAGAAUUUAAAAUCACUUUGCCUGAAAGAAUGUUUUGGUCUCUCCUCCAAAGGCGUUGAACAAGCAAUCCAGCAAAGUCCAUUGUUAGAAACGAUUGACUUGUCCUGUCUAUCCAUCGUCAAUGAUAAUAUUUUAUACGCACUAGUGCAAUGCAAGCGUCUUUCUAUUGUCGAUCUUUCUUACUGUUCACUAUCUCUGGUUUCGGAAGAUGCAAUUAUAUACCUCAUUGAAAAUAGAAAAGACACUUUGAAAAGGCUCAUUUUAGAUUACACUACCUUUGUUUCUACAGAGCUAAUCGUACUCACAAUAAAAAAAUUAAAGAGAGGCAUCGUUUAA